CAUUCAUCAUAAGUGAUCCUUUCCUGGUUUUUACGUAUAUGGUUCUCGGAUUCAAGUUGUUCUCAUGAAGAAACUCCUGUAGCUCGCAUCUAGCAAUGGAGACGGAUAUAUUGAAAUAUAUUCUGGACAAUCAGGGAGCUGUGAUCACUUCGGACCUGCUGUUUAAUUUGUGCAACACUUCAACACUUUCAGAGAUCCUUUGUAAGAACGAUAAGUUUGUGACAUGUUUAUUAAAUGGGACGCCGAAGAUAGUCGUUCGGAGCGCAGUGAGGCUCUGCUGGCGCAAGGACUGUCCGGGCUGUGGGGCCCUACACCUGUGCAAGAGCUUUCUCCUCACGGACUCUUGUCAGUAUACUUAUACGAGGAGAGGAUGCAUAUUCUCCCACGACCUCUGCUCAGGCUACAAUAAGAAGAUCCUCACUGAGUUUGGUCUUGAAACACUGUCCAGAGCCCAGCUGUGCCUCCUGCUGCUCCAGAGCAACAACAAUCUCCUGCCCUCUAUCUGCCAUAAUUACAAUAACCGUAAUGGAUGUGGGGACACCUGCCUGAGACUGCACGUUUGUGAGAAGUUCCUCAGUUCUGACUGCAGCUGCUUCAGGACACACGAUUUUCUGGCCCCCCAGCCACUAAAACUCCUGCAGGACAAACGUAUCCCUUCAUGUCUCUUUGGAUCUUUAAAAUCUGUCUAUGCAAAUAAACAGGCACUGUGGCUGGCUGACAAGUUAACCGGCAGGAGAAACGGAAAUGUGAAUAAUGAUAGUGAUAAACGUGCAGCCUCUAGUUUAGAUCUUACCUGUGAUAAUGACAACAACCAAGACAGCCUUAACUCUUGCUGUGACACUGAUUCUAACACAAGAGCACACAACAAUCAAAACAGGGGUCGGGGUGGUCGGGAACUAGAAAGCUCUGAUUCUAAUGUAAGCUGCACUGUUAUUAAAAAGUCAGAUAAUACAAGUCAUAAUCCAAAACAGGGCAAAAAAGGAAAAGGUCAAGGACAAAAAGACAAAACUGAAAUCUGCAUGUUCUUCAUCAAGGGACAUUGCAAAUAUGAAGAUCGCUGUUUCAAAGCUCAUGUCAAAAUGCCAUACUUAUGGGAGAUCAGUGUAAAUGGCAAGUGGACUCCUAUGGCUGAUAAUGAGAAGAUUGAGAAGGCCUACUGUGAUCCUGAAAAUACAUACAGUAGCACCUGCCCUCCUGUGUAUUUUGACACAAUGAAGAGUGGAAAAAAUGCAGUGAGACGCCUUUCGACCAUAAACUCUGUUCUGGAGCCAAACUUUAUUCACACCACUGACUGGCUUUGGUACUGGGAGGAUGACAAUGGCAAGUGGCUGCAGUAUGGAGCAAAUACAAGUGUGCAUCAGUUGGCCAGUGUCACCAGUAAAUACCUGGAGGAAAUGUAUGUGAAAAAUGACAAAGCUGUGAUCCAAUUUAAAGCUGGCUCACAGUCAUAUGAACUCAAUUUUCAAGACAUGAUUCAAAUCAACAUAAAGUAUGGGACUAAGAGGCAUGUGAGAAGACGCCCUCAGUUUGUCUCUGCAGCUGAAGUCCCGACAAAGAGGAAACGUACAGCAAACACGACUGCUGUUGUACCAGACUACUGGGACAAAACACAAAUUUCUCCAACUGAACAUAGGUGCAUCAGUCUCCAGCCAUCCCUUGCUGAAUAUAAAGAGAUCCACGAUCUUUUCUGUCAAACCAUGAAAGGAUUUGAUAUUCUGAAAAUUGAAAGGAUUCAAAACAAAGCUGUCUGGGAAGCCUUUCAGCUACAAAAGAAUCAAAUGAAGGACAAGAAUAAUGGACAGCCAGUGGCUGAGAAAAAGCUUUUUCAUGGGACCGAUCCUUCACAUGUAGAAACCAUAUGUGCGACUAACUUUGAUUGGAGAGUCUGUGGAGUCAAUGGGACAAUUUAUGGCCAAGGAAGUUAUUUUGCACGAGAUGCCAAGUACUCUCACAGCUACACUGGCACCUCUUUAGAUCGAUUCAUGUUUGUGUCUCGGGUUUUGAUUGGAGAAUACACCAGAGGCAGCUCCGAAUAUAGAAGACCUCCCUCUAAAGAUGGAAGUAACGUGAAUCUUUACGACAGCUGUGUGGACGACGUCAUGAACCCCUCCAUCUUUGUCGUUUUUGAGAAGCAGCAGAUCUAUCCUGAGUAUGUGCUUCAAUACAGAGAGAGGGCCCAACAAACUACCUACCACCAACCAGCAGCUGUAACAGUAGUACCACCAACAACUGCAGUUACAGUCUCUGUGACAUCUGUACCCUCAACGGUGUCCCUGAAUCCUUUGGUGACAGUUCCGGCUACUACAUCCUCACCAGGAUUCAACAAAAGCUUCAGUAACAAAUCCAGCCAUUACACGCUCAGGCAUAUCCCCCGGUGUUUUGGUGACAAAUCUGACCACUACACCUGCACCUCUAUCGGCAAAUGCUUCAGUAAAAAAGGCAUCCAUUACACCCUCAAACUCUAGUAGUUUGAUGACAAAUAUGGCCACUACAUCUGCACCUCUAUCGGCAAAUGCUUCAGUAAAAAAUCCAGCCAUUACACGCUCAAACUCUAGUAGUUUGAUGACAAAUAUGGCCACUACAUCUGCUUCAAGUUCAUCUGCUACAUUUGCUACAAGGCCGUCUAAUCCUGUCCCCACAUAUUCACCAAGAUCACCAAACCCUUUGCAAAGAAGUCCAACUACAGCAUCCUCAAUAAGAUCAGUGGAUUCUUUUGCAUCAACGCACACAUUUACAUCUGAUAUAGCAUUUAGGUUUGAAGCAACUCGUUCACAAGUUAAUCCAGCCAGAUCAGCUGCUUUUCAAAAAUCACCAUCAAAACGGCAAAAGAAAUGUAUUAUUGCAUAGAAGGGUUUGGCAGUGUGACAGUGUUGACUCAGUUAAUUCUGUUUUUGUAGUAAAACAUAAAGGUGCAUUGUGAAGGGGGUUUAAAGCAUGCUUGUCUCCAUGGAUAUUUGUAAUUGCUUUAGUUGAAAGCUCUACAGUAUGGCCUUAAACUUAUCUGUCUUUAUGGAGACAAGCAACUGACUACAACAGGCCAAGUUACAGGUUAUACAUGGAAAAGCAAGCUCCCAUCACCAUAAAAAUGACAUAGUGCACCUUUAAUGUUAUGUUGUGAGUAGCUCUCUGCAUAUCGAUCCAAAUCAUUACAUUUUCAUCAAUUUAAUUUGGGGGUGUGACUUUUGGGAAAGUGACUUGUAUCUUUGAAUUAAAACAAAGCUGAGUGAUUUCUUUUUUCUAUAAUUGUGAAAAUGUUUAUGCAUUUUAUGUGUGAUUGACAUUUGUAAAAGACUGAACUUUCUCUCAAUUAAACUUUAAUAAAACAAAUAACACUUCUUUGUUGUCCAGGCAUCCAUAGAAGCCAAAAAGAAAGGUUUCAAUUUCCCCAAACUGGUAAAUGGAAAGAAAAAUGGAGUAGCAGUAAUUUUGAAGAAGAGGGUGUCAUUUUAUUUUUUUUUAUUUUUAUUUUAUUUUUUUUUACUUUAAUCUCUCUUUUUUUAUUGCUUUUUGGUUGCGCGUUGCUUACGUUAAGGUCCUCACGUUUGCCAUUGACGUCCCAACAUGAUGCACUUCAUAUACACCACUAGAUGGCAGUCCUGUCAUAAGUUCUGAUAUGCAUCUGGACCAUGUUUUAAAUUUACGCUGUUUCAUAAUGUGAGCAUGAAUUCACAAAACACUGCAUGUAUUGAUAAUUUGGUUUAUGUGUGUGGCAGUUUCAUGUUUUUCUUUAUUAUUUUAUUAAUAUUUUGUUGUAUUUAUCUUUAUUCUUGAAGUGUGUACUGGUCGGGGUAGUUGCAUGACUAAUGAUCACCAGUACAAAUCCACUAAAUUUGAGAGACUGAACUUCAUGUUAUUCUGUAACCUUAAUCAACAAAAUGCACAGUUUAGAGUGUAAUUUGCUGUACCACUUUAUUUUCAAAUAAAGUUAUAAUAUUAAAUAAGUAAAA